AUGAUUGAACAUAUUCGUAGUAAGUUGCAACAGUGGUUUUAUGACCGACGUGAGGAAUCCCAGAAUUGCACGAGUGUGCUAGAUCCGGCACAGGCAGAUCGACUAUUCAAAACUUUGGAAGUGACAAAAGCUCUAUUUGUGGAACCACUAGAUCAAUUUCGCUUCUCCGUGAGAUGCGGGCAUAAUGUUGGAUACAUUGUAGACUUGAAUGAAAAUACCUGCACGUGUAGACAAUUUCAGUUGGAGAGUUUUCCAUGUGCGCAUGCUGUCGCAGUGGCUAUGUAUAGAGGAUUUCCACCACACAGCUUAUGCAGUCAUUAUUACAUGGCUGAUUUUUGGAAAGUUCCUGAUUAUAUUAUAGCACUUAAUAAUUUGUUGCCACCUGAAGUUUCACCGCGUACUCCUAAUCGAAGACGGAUGUCUAGAAUACCAUCUAUAAGAGAGUUUUCACAACCGCGUAAGUGCGGGAGGUGCGGCGCUACAGGACAUACACGUCGAUUUUGUAAAAGUCAGAUCCCACUAAACAAUGACUCGACGGAUGUGUAG